UUCCCCCUUGCUGGUCCCACCGCACCGUGUGAGCUUUCCGUCUCGUGCGGCCGUGCCGUCUCCCAAGUCCCAAGCAAGCGGAAGGUUCUAGAACUUUCGCGACGGCACGCGCGAGAUGGUGGUGCUGCACGUGAAGUCGGCGGCGGCGGCCUCCUCCUCGUCGCCGGACGCGGACGAGGAAACGGAGUUCCUGUACGAGUGCGCUGCCUCCGCGGCCGUCGCCGACGUGGCAGCCGCGCUCGCGGGCCUCCAGGCCCGCCUCCUCUCCCUCUGCCGUCGCCUCCGAGCGAGGUGCGCGGAUGCCGGUGCGGCUGCGGUGGGCGAGCUCGAGAGGGCGCUAGACGAGGCCGAGGCCUACGCCUCCAAGGAGCAAGUGCAGUACAACAGAUUUAUCUCCCCUCGUGCUCUAAGGGAACAUAUCAAGACCAUUGAGGAGAAAUAUGCUGCUGCUCUACAAGAACCUACAGAGGCAUUGGAUCUGCAAGAAUCAUCAUCAGACAACAAGCAUGAGAGGAUACAGCUUUGGUGGGCUGGAAAAGAUCUAGCCAUGGACCACAAGCUAUGUGACUAUAUUGGCAUUAAUGAGAAAACAAAGAUUGUCAUCAAGCUAACGCGAGCCCAUGAUGACCAUUGAUUGUGCAUCUGCCCCUUCAAUGCAAUCGCAGUGUUGGUUACCUCUUGGAUAUUAUAUGGAAGCUGUCGUGUAAGAUAAUAUUUGAUUUUCAUGAGCACCCAUCAUCUUCAUCUGUAUUAACUGACAAUAUGUAUAAAUACUCAGCAACUUAUCGCAGUUUCUUGUACGAUUUAACGUUGCAUAGUUUGUUUCCUUGUGGGUGCUAUGUACCAAUUGUACCCUUCUAAGAUGUUUUAAAACUUACAUGAAAGUAUCAGGUUCAUCUGCA